AGCUCGAGGUUAGUGAUCUCUAUUUGUUUUGUUGUUGUUCUUAUCAAAGCAGAAAAGAAAAGCGGCAAUUUCCUUGAGAAAUAUAAUAAAUACAACAGAAUUUGCAAUGGAAUGGGUUAUCGAGAAAAAAGCUGCUCCAAAAAUAAAGGAAUCGUGGCCUUUAAUGCCCGACUUCCAAAAGCUCUGCAGAAUAUGCCUGCAAAUGCCAUUGUAGUAUUUGGAAAAGUAACAUUAAAUGCAGGGAAUGCCUACGAUACACGGACAGGAAAAUUUACAGCCCCGAAUGAUGAAAUUUAUUCCUUUACAUGGACCAUUCUUACUGGACCAGGUAACACAUUCCAAACACGGCUGAUUCAGAAUGGCAACGAGGUUUGCUUCAACCAUGUAUUUGGCAGGAACCAGAACAACUAUGAAACAGGGUCGACAACCUGUAUAAUAAGGAUGAAGAAAAACGAUCGAGUGUGGAUAAAUAUGCAUUUAAAAGGAGAUUAUGCCUACAAAGACUGGAGCUCUUUUUCUGGUUUUCAACUUUAA